UGGCGGUGUGCCAUGUAGUGGAAAAGCUGUCCACAUGACAGAACCUCCUGUAGAAGUCUUAAACAUGAAGUGUUCAAGUUGUGGCCGCAUUUGUCAGAAGACAGACAAGUUCUGCAGCGACUGUGGUACAAAGUUGUCUCUCCAGUCUGCCGACAGCCAAGGAAAUGAACCAAAGUAUUUGGUGGCAGAUUUGGAAGAAGCAACUGAAAAAUCACAGAAACUCACCAAAAAUCCCUCCGGUGGGCCAAAUGAUGACAGCAUUGGCAACUCAAAGAAAAAGAAAAAAACGAAAAGGAGAAACAGAAAGAGUAAAAGUGGCAUCUUACCGGCGUCAGACAAAGAGCAAUUCCUUGCCUCGGAAAGUCAAACCUUAGAAAUUGUCAUGGAUUCCCUUCAAUCUGGGUUCUCAUCACUAGAAAGCUUGUCUACUUCCUCAGCUGAUAGCAACACCAAUCCUGCCCAGGCUGCUAAAGUUCAGACUGAAACUACGGAGACAAGGACAACAAGCAAAUCCGAAGUCAUCUCAGAUGAACGCCUCGCCGAAGAGAGCGAUGCACAAAAACCAGGUCAAGAUUCAGCAGCUCCGGCCCAGGACUCCACCUCCAAGGACAGCACCAGUUUGGAUGCUAGCUCAGGAUUUGGCAAAGGGACCGUGGUCAGCAACAACAUGUCUCAGACGCCUGAAAGAGACAACUUGAAGGCCAAAAAUGAACAAGUCACCUCUGCACAACCUCUACUUGACCAGAACGCCAACGUGGAUCCAGAUCUGACACAGACCAUACAAACCAAACAGGAAGGGAAUUCUAAGGGGCAAAACCAGAUGCAGGCUAGCACUGCAGAAGAAAGAAUGGUUUUUGCCCCUCACACCCCAUCCAAGAAAAAAAACAAAAGGAGAAACAGAAAGAGUAAAAGUGGCAUCUUACCGGCAUCAGACAAAGAGCAAUUCCUCGCCUCGGAAAGUCAAACCUCAGAAAUUGUCAUGGAUUCCCUUCAAUCUGGGUUCUCAUCACUAGAAAGCUUGUCUACUUCCUCAGCUGAUAGCAACACCAAUCCUGCCCAGGCUGCUAAAGUUCAGACUGAAACUACGGAGACAAGCACAACAAGCAAAUCUGAAGUCACUUCAGAUGAACGCCUCGCUGAAGAGAGCGAUGCACAAAAACCAGGUCAAGAUUCAGCAGCUCCGGCCCAGGACUCCACCUCCAAGGACAGCACCAGUUUGGAUGCUAGCUCAGGAUUUGGCAAAGGGACCGUGGUCAGCAACAACAUGUCUCAGACGCCUGAAAGAGACAACUUGAAGGCCAAAAAUGAACAAGUCACCUCUGCACAACCUUUUGGCUCUCACACCCCAUCCAAGGCAUAUGCGAAAGACAUGGGUUCCAGCGUGGAUGCAGUGGAGCACACUGAGAUCCAGACGUCCGCUGCACAAACCACAGAUGAUGCACAGUCCGACCCUCCGCUCGAAGCGCCGCAUAAAAUGAACACAAACAUCACUGCCAAAAACAGAACAACAAUUUACUUCCACGCCGUCCUCUCAAAGGAUUUCAAUCUUGACCCAGAUCAAGAUUGUGUCUUCAUCAGAGCCGGAUCUCAUAUAGGAACAUGGGAUGACAAUGCCGUUCAACUCAGUGUGACCAGGGAUCUCGAGGAGCAUGGGUAUUUGAUUGAAGGCAGUGUUGAGACAACCAAAACGGACGCUGUAGCUGUGUCAAUACCAUACAAAUAUGUUGUCUACAAGACCAAACAGAAAAAGGAUGAGUUUGAGUACAUCUACAAAGCAGAUUCCAAGCAACAUACCAACAGAUGCUUGUUUGUUAUUGAGCACCUCCUCAAUCAGGAAGGGGACUGGCAUCAAUAUGAUGACAUUGUCUGUGGUGAGCCACCAAAAGGCUUCAACUGGAGAAAUGUGAAAAACAACGUUUCAUCGAUUUUUUCCCGGAAGAAACCGCUUAUCCAAGGCCGAGAGAUUGCUGGGAAAAUAAUGCUGGACACUAUAUUUGAGGUUCUCAGUACCUGGACUGAUGUCAACUUGAGUAGUUUUUUAGUCCAGCUGAAACAGUUCUUUGGGAAUUAUGCAAACCCAUUUGUUUAUGAGGACAAGCCCAUGAGGUGGGAUUCCUUAGACUAUGGAGAGGAUGAGGUGAGGAAGCUGAUGAAGGAAUUCAUGCUGACAAAAGUGGCUCCUUGCUUACUGAAGGAUGGAAAUGAUGGAAAUGUAGAGACUGUGUACAUCAAAGAUCCUCUGCGAGCGGCUGUGAUCGUGCUCUACGUGUGCAGAGAACAUGCUAUCAAACUGGACAGGACUGAGCUCUGCCGCCUAUGCAUCGCUCUGUGUUUACCCAACCUAAACAGAGGUGGCUUCCUCCAGUAUUGGGAAGCGUUCUCUCGGGAUGUCGCUCUUCUUAAAAGACUGCCAAGCAUGCUGUUGACCCAUAUAAAUGCUGUGAAGCAACACGGAAAUCCCCACUGGAUUGUGGUGCUACCGCUCCUUCACCUCCUGGAAGGCUCCAUAAAACCCUUUGAGAUACCGACGUCGGAAAACUUGAAAUGUGACUUGUCCUGGGCAGGUCUGCAAGGACUCAGAGCAGAUACCUGUCGGGAAUAUACAAUGAACAGACAGGACAUGAGGGCCAUGUCAAACUUGAUGAAAAAACAUCGGCACUUGAUGGAGGUGGAUGCACUUGCAGUGCGGUCGUGUUUGUAUCUGAUGUCUGUCAGUGACCUGAAGGAAUACAGCUUCAACAUGAACGUCCAACUUUUGGACAUUCUACAUGUCUUUACCAACAAGGCAUCCAGAGAGAUUAGCUUCGGGAACUAUGAGGAUGUAUCUGACAUUCUUGAACACAUCAAAGAAAAUCUCCUCAGGAAAAAAUACCGUUGUUUCUCAGAGGACUACGCAAAAUCAUGCCUGGCGGUGGUGUCCAACCUCUUGGAGAAGAUUUGCAAAGGAGUCAAGUCGACAUCAGCCAACUAUUUUUACACUAUUCCGAUAGUGUGCAUGGAUGUGGUUGCUUCAGUGUUUGACUUUGUUGCUUCCCAGGAAACCAAAGGAGAUGGACAGCUGAGGAAUGCAAAAGACUUGGUGAUGUCAAAGGCAAUGACCACAAUGAGAAACUGGAUGAGUUCAUGCUUCAAGGAGAGAUUGCUCUCCAAGGGGCGUCCCUCUUGGAAGAUUCAGUCAACAGAGGAGAUGGGAGUGUGGAACAGCAUUAUCUCCAUCAACUUCAAAGAUGAGGAAUGCACACAAGAGUGGAGGCAGAAACUAUCUAAGGACUUUGAGGGCAAGUACAAAAAGGAAAGUCCAGAGGAUCAAGUUGAUUUCUACUGCACAAAAAUGGAGAAACCUGAUGAGUCUCUUCAACAUGUUGCGCCUACUAUUGAGCGUUGUGCUCUCGAGGCUGUUUCAUCUGUGUGCCAGAGCAAGUCUGAAGGCAAACUGUUUGAGAAGUUCAAGAUGGAUGGAAAGUUCAUGAAACUAGUCUCAGCCAUUCUCUGGAAUUCCUGGCCAAGGAACAACCAAGGACAUUGUGAUGACAAUGAAGAGGUGGUCCUUCGGCACCUUCUCUCCUGGACCUCUGCCAGACACGUCCUCCAGCUACAUGGUGCAGAGGAAAGCCUUUUUGAGAACCUCACCAAGGAUGCCAGAGAUGGAAUCACUGUUGCCAUAUCAACAUUAACGAGCAUUAAGAAUCAGUUUAUUCAGGGGAACAUCGCAAUCAAGUUGCUCAAAAUCAUUUUGGAACGUGGAGACGCCUUCUUGGAUCUGCUGAAGCUCGAUUGUCUGUCAGAGAAUGAACAGCACAAGGAUGCCAGCAAAAUGGGAAGGCUUCUUCACUGCCGAGUUGCUGAAGUUAGAGCUGUUUAUAGCGAGAGGGAGAAGGUGGACGCCAUGCUGACAAUGAUCCACAGCCUUGACGAGCACAUGACAGUUGACCUCAAAGACAUGGAGCAGAGACGCUGCAUCAAAAUUGAGGAGAUGCCCCUGGACCAUUUCAUGCAGGUUCACAAAUUUGACCAACUUUCCUCCACGAUGGCCGUUGUCACUUUCUUCCAAAUGGAUGAAGACACCAGACACAUGUCAGAGGUCUUGCACAAGUUCAGAGACAGUUAUUUAUUCAACAUUUGUUGGCGGGAGCAAGCCACACUCUUGGCCAAUGAAGAAAUGGAGCACAGCAGUUCUGUUGAGGACGAGGCAGCGCCCAAAACACUGACACUUGAUGUGAUUCAUGCUGAAGUUUUCAAACCAUGCUUUGCAAGUUACAAGGACAUCUACAUGCGCUUGAAGAAUGGCAGUAUAAAGAUAAAGGAGGUGGACCGCCUUUUCAGCGACUAUAAGGGCAAGUACGAUGAGCUUGAAAAGGACUUGGAUAUCAUGUGCAAAGUUGACAUGUCGACAGAGAAGCUGUGGAUCCACAGCAGGCUUCAACAGAUCGAGCAGUAUCACGAGCUCCAUCUUGCCGUGGCUUCAGCCCAGGUCAUCAUGGAGGUCAAAGAGGCACUUGGUCUUCAAGGAGACUUCAGGGUGCUGGAGACACUCACGAAAGUCAGAGAAGCAGACUUUCAAGAGGAGGAGUUGCAACGCAUUGACAAUGACUUGAUAGAGACAAAGAAGGAUCUGGUCGACAUCACAGAGUCUCGCAGACAUUGCUUAAAGGAGCUGGGACACAGGGGACUCUUUGUAAAAUGGGUACAAGAUGUUCUUACAGAUCUCAAUGAGUUGAAGGUGUUUGUUGACCUGGCUUCCAUCUCUGCGGGAGAGAACGACAUGGAGGUUGAUCGCGUGGCUUGCUUCCAUGACGCGGUUCUUGGCUACGCUUCCGCUCUGUACGAGCUCCAAGCAGACUCCGGAUUUCAGGCCUUCAGAGAUGUUUUAAAGAAACUUUGGAGAGCUUUGGACAAUGACCACAACCUCCCCAAAAAACUGCGUGACAGUGCACGCCAUCUAGAAUGGUUGAAGACAGUAAAGGACAGUCAUGGAUCAGUGGAGCUGUCUGCCCUCUCUCUGGCCUCAGCCAUCAAUAGUAAAGGUGUCUACCGUAUCGGUGCACAAAAAGGAAAAAAGUACCUUUUGUGUUUCCGUGACAAUAAGGUGAGUCUCGACACCACCUUGGAACUUGAGAUUCAGGAAGAGGCGCACGAGGCACGCUACUAUUCUCUUGAAGACGUGCGGGAACUGCAGAACAAAUUGAUGCUCAUGUCUGGGAAAGGUGGUCGGGGACAGAGGGAAGUGAAUUAUUUUGCAGAGAUAUUUGCUGGCGUUCAAAGGCUAGCUGAGUCUUUCAUUGCCCUCUAUGCUGCUGGAAACCCUCUCUUCAGACAGUGGGAAUGUGAGAUCCACUGCUGUUCCAGUGAGGAACACAGCAUCAUGAUGUACUUCAACCUGGCUGCAGUUGAAUGCACCAUUGAAAGUCACUUGCCUGAACUUUGCAGGAAAAUGGAGAAAUGCCUGGACCUUUGGUUGGAUUUUGUGGAUGAACAGAGAUCCCAGCAUUACUAUUUGAACUACUUUACAGCUGAACAGAUUGUCUACCUAUCCAACAACCUGUCUCAAGUGGAAGGUGUGGAGGAUCAGGUUCUGAUGAUGCUGUCCUUCAUUAAGUCAUCAUGCACAGCCUCAGACAUACAAGCUGUCUGGCAAGAAUUCCAAAAGGAAAUCCUCACCAAACCACAAGACUUCCAGACUUUUGCUGGGGUACCAAGUUUCGAGCUGGGAACCUCUGACCUGCACAGAGAAUUGGAUUCUGUUUCAGAUCUUACAGAAGAAAUAAAUGGAUUGCAAAGCAUUGAUCAGAUCUGGAAUGCUUACAUGAAAGACAUGAGGCAUGUUCUGCCACACAUUCUUAAUAUAAAAAGUCUUGGAAGACUGCUGGAAAUACUGGCUGACCUGGAGGAUGGGCGGAGAAAUAUUUUUGAUCAGAACUUCAUCAUUAGAAGAUCCCCUAUAGGCUUAGCAGCUGGAAAUCCAAGCCUCAUUGUUUGUCCUCAUGAGGAGGUGUUAACUUCUUGCAUCUCUAUUUAUAUGGCCAGUGAAGAUGAGCCACUCCCAACUUACGACGAGGUCCUGCUGUGCAACUCCUCCACAACGUAUGAGCAGGUGGAGAUAUUCCUGAGACGUUGUCUCAUGGCAGGUAGCAGAGACAAGAAGGUAUACUGUCUUCUGUACGGGGAUCUGCUGACAUAUGAUGUGAGCUGUAAAGUUGAGAGGUUUUUUCAGCGCAAGAAAGUGCAGUGCACGAAAGACUACAGACUUGUUAUCCUUUGUAGCUCAGAAAGAGAACAUACUUAUCUUCCAUCAGCCUUCAGUCAAUACAGGUUGCACAUAGUUCCUCAACAACCACUGGCCAGCAUCCAAGGGUACCUCCAUCGGCAUUAUGUGGUCCCAGCAGGACAGUUCAGUGCAGCUGCUGCAUUCAAAGAUCGCCUUUGUGUUGGCACUGUCUCAUCUGAAAGGGCUGGUGUUGGUAAAUCACUCUACAUCAGGAGGCUUUAUGAAUCCCUGCAGCACUUCUUCAAAAAGUCCUCAAUGAUGAAAUGCAUUCGCUUGAUUGAACCAAGUGUGGAUGAGAAGGCCGUGCUUCAGUCUCUUUUGGACACGCAUGCAAAGAAGAAACUGACUGUGUUCCAUUUUGAUAUUACAUCAUCGGUACAAAAGGGAAUCCAUGAGUUUCUUUUCAAGUUGUUGAUUCUGCGUUAUCUAAUGGACUCUGAGGGAAACAUGUGGAAGUGCAGUGACAGGCAUUUGUAUGUCAUUGAGUUCUUAGAACAAACCGUCAAACAAAGCAGAGAUGCUUCAGGGCAGAUGAAAACCACAAACAGCUCAUUCACAGAUGUGUUCCCAAAGAUUUUCUGCCGACCCCCAAAAGAGGUGCUGAUGCUCGAAAUGAAGCAGCAGGAAGAUCCUAAUGUCAGGAGUGAGAACCCACUAAUGGAUGACAAAGUGUUCAGGAGCAUAGCCUUCCAGCGACCGUACCAGUAUCUCAAACGGUUUUACAACAGCAGUAAUCUUGAUGGGUUCAGGUAUAUGAUCAUUGAAGAGCCGAACAAAGUCCGUUACAGGUUAGCUGAAGGGUCACACGUGGAAUGUCUUCAGAUGCUUCUCAUGUAUUGUGGCAUUAAUGACCCAUCCUGGGCAGAGCUAAGAAAUUUUUCUGGGUUUCUCAGUAUGCAGCUGGCAGACUGUGAGAGGUCACAUUUCUGUGAUGCUGAUUUGACUGGUGAUGUCCUCACUGGCUUCAAAAGAUUUGUGGUGGAUUUUAUGAUUAUGAUGGCAAAGGACUUUGCCACUCCGUCACUCAGGAUCUCCGACCAGAGUCUCAGUAGGGUAGAAAUGGACCUGACCGAUGGCCCAGAUGAGGAUAUAGCCCCCUUCUUAAUCAGAAAGAGAUGGGAAACAAAACCACACCCUUACAUCUUCUUUAAUGAUGACCAUAUGUCCAUGACCUUCAUUGGUUUUCAUCUUAAACCCAAUACACAAAAGUCUUUUGACGCUGUUGAUCCCAGAUCCGGAACGGUCAUUAAAGAAAAUGUCAUGUCACAGGCAUUGUUUGAAGGCCUUCAGCUUCAGGGAGUUCCUUUUAACACAGACUUUGACAGCCUACCCAGAAGUGAGAAAGUUCAAAGAAUCUGCAAUGUUCUUGGAAUCCAGAGUCCUCUUGAUCCUGAUGAAACAUACGAGCUUACAACUGACAACAUACUGAAGAUCCUGGCAAUCCAUAUGCGUUUCAGGUGUGGCAUCCCUGUCAUCAUCAUGGGAGAGACAGGAUGCGGUAAAACAAGGCUGAUCAAAUAUCUUUGUGAGUUGCAAAGGAGAGACAUUGCUGCUGAGAACAUGAAACUGGUCAAAGUGCAUGGAGGGACAACAUCCAAAAUGAUUUACACCAAAGUGAGAGAAGCAGAAGCCAUGGCUUCUGUCAACAAACUAGACCAUGGAUUGGACUCUGUUCUUUUCUUUGAUGAGGCUAACACCACAGAGGACAUUAGCAGCAUCAAGGAGGUACUCUGUGACAAGACGGUCAAAGGAGAGCGCUUGGUACCUGGCACCGGACUGCAGAUCAUUGCAGCAUGCAACCCUUACCGUAAGCACACAGAUGAGAUGAUCAAGAGGUUGGAAUCGGCCGGUCUUGGGUACAGAGUCCGGGCAGAGGAAGCUGAGGAAAAGCUGGGGUCUAUACCUCUGCGGCAGUUGGUCUACAGAGUUCAGGCUCUGCCUCCAAGCAUGAUUCCUCUGGUGUGGGACUUUGGCCAGUUAAAUGAUAACACAGAAAAAAUAUACAUUGAGCAGAUUGUGAAGAGAGUUGUGGAAAGCAGAAACAUUACUCAGAACUACUUCAAAUGGAUUACUCAGGCGCUAUCCGCCUCACAGAAGUACAUGCGGGCAAGGAAAGAUGAAUGUAGCUUUGUCAGCCUGAGAGAUGUGGAACGUUGCAUGCAGUCUUUUGUUUGGUUCUAUGACCACCAUGCUCGUUUUUUUGCAGAGCUUAAAAAAUUUGCACAUAAACAAAAGUGGGACAAACAAGAACAGGAUCAGAGAGUGCCAGAGGAUCCUAUACUCUGGUCUCUAGUCAUGGCGUUAGGAGUGUGCUACCAUGCCUGCCUUGAACAUAAGGAUAAAUACAGACGGAGCGUCAGCAAAAGCCUACCGACAGGGUACGGGCCAGAAAAAAUAAGACAAGACAUCACAGUGAUGCAGGAUUUACUCCUCAGUGGUGUUCCAAUGGCCAACACCAUUGCAAGAAAUGGUGCACUCAAAGAGAACGUUUUUAUGAUGGUUAUCUGCAUUGAGCUUAGGAUUCCUCUCUUCUUAGUUGGGAAACCUGGAAGUUCAAAAUCUCUAUCUAAAACAUUGGUGGCAGAUGCAAUGCAGGGUCAAGCCGCGCACUCUAGUCUCUUCAAAAAGCUCAAGCAAAUUCAUUUGGUUUCCUUCCAGUGUAGCCCUCACUCUACACCAGAAGCCAUCAUAAAGACAUUCAGACAAUGCGGACGCUUUCAGGAAGGAAAGAAUCUUGAUGAAUACGUCUCAGUCGUUGUCCUUGAUGAGAUUGGGCUGGCUGAGGACUCCCCCAAGAUGCCUCUUAAAAUCCUUCACCCCCUGCUGGAAGAAGGAUGCAUUGAUGAUAAGCCACUGCCGCACAAAAAGGUUGGCUUCAUUGGCAUUUCCAACUGGGCGUUAGACCCUGCAAAGAUGAACAGAGGCAUAUUUGUGUCUCGAGGCGACCCUGAUGAGCGCGAACUGUUUGAGAGUGCAAAAGGAAUUUGUUCAUCUGAUGUGAUGGUUUUGGAGAAGGUCAGGAAAUUGUUCCGACCUUUUGCAAGUGCCUAUUUAAAGAUCUGCGGUGGACAAGGCAAAGGCUUUUUCGGCCUGCGAGACUAUUAUAGCUUGAUUAAGAUGAUUUAUGCAGUAGCCAAAACAGCACAACGGCAGCCUACUUAUGAGGAGGUCAUCAAGGCAGUCCUGAGAAAUUUUAGUGGCAAAAAUGACGUGGAUGCAGUGUCUGUUUUUACCAGAAGUCUUCCGAUUGCAUCUAACCUGGAGAAAAUCAGUGCUAUCGAGUUUGUGAGAGACAACAUUCAGGCUGUUGGACCGGAGGAAGAAUGUCGCUAUUUGCUGGUGCUUACAAAAAAUUAUGCAGCGCUUCAGAUCUUGCAACAAACCUUCUUUUCAGAGUGUGGGCAGCCAGAAAUAAUCUUUGGAUCCAGCUUUCCAAAAGACCAGGAGUACACUCAAAUCUGCCGCAACAUCAACAGAGUAAAGAUCUGCAUGGAAACAGGCCAAACAGUUGUGCUUCUGAACUUGCAGAACCUCUACGAAAGUCUCUAUGAUGCCCUCAACCAAUAUUAUGUCUACUUGGGCGGACAGAAAUAUGUGGACCUUGGACUUGGAACCCACCGUGUCAAAUGUCGGGUGCACAAAGACUUCCGGCUGAUUGUCAUUGAAGAAAGAGAGGUGGUCUACAAACAGUUCCCGAUACCGCUCAUCAAUCGGCUGGAGAAACAUUACCUGGACAUCCACACUGUUCUGAAAACUGAACAGAAGAGGAUGGUGGAGGAGUUGGAGAAGUGGGUCAGGCGCUUUGUGACAGUCAGAAGUCAUUAUUUUGACGUGAACCAGUCGUACGAGUAUCUUCCGUCGGACGUCUUCAUUGGCUACCAUUCAGACACUUGUGCUUCUGUGACUCAUCAAGUGCUCGAGACACAGGAAGACAGUUUAGAAAUAUCACACGACAAAGUUCUCAAUGAGGCUAAACUCGUACUGUUAAGGUGUGCUACACCAGAUUCAGUAGUGCGAUUGGACUGCACAGAUCUCCCCAAAGUGGAGACUGAAGAACUUGCACAAGUCUACUUUGAGAAGCAGAAAAACAGCUGUCUGGCUGACUUCAUAUGUGCGCACACAAGACAGGAAGUCCAUCGCUUGUCCGCCUUCGCAGAGGUUACAACAUUCUCCAGACUUCUGACUGCAUCCGAAUUGAAGCUUUUGGAACAAAUGUCGCAAAGUGUUGUUGAGCUUCUCUCGCUCCAGCAGUUUGACACGGAGCAAUCCUUCCUGAAGAAAAUCAGAAACAUCCUCACUGUUGACAAGCGAAGCCGCUGUGGUGAACCCUGCAACAAGGUCAUCAUCAUUCAGAGUGAUUUCUCAGAGACACCUCAUGGUGCCAAUCUCAUUGCAUCUGCAAAGUUUUCGUCCAUGAAUGAAAUAAACAAGAUGACCCAGGAGAGCUUGGGCUGCAGGGUGUUCGUCUGCUUUAUCACCAGGUUGCGAAGGAUUGAAGGAGGGACUUCUUAUGUUGGAUUUCAUGGCGGCCACUGGACUUCGGUGCACAUUGAUGACCUCCGCCAGUCAAAAGAAAUUGUGUCAGACAUUAAGGCGUUGCAAAACAUGACCAUCUGUCAACUUUUUGAAACAAAGAUGAGUCCACCUGAAGAUAUGGAGUUGGAGGAUUUGUACGAAGCUCACGAGGAGGAAGCAGAAUCAAGAGAGAAUCAGUACGAAGAUGACACCACUCUGGUCAUGGACACAACAGCGCUGGUGUGUAGCUGUGUGCAGAGUGCAGUAGGCAUGCUUAGGGACAGGGAAGAAAGCGGUUUCCGCAGCACUCAAAGAGUAGACACUCUCCUGAAGCUUCUCAGUGACAGUGACGGAGUAACAGGUGACUUCCUGCAAAUUGUAAAGAAGCGUCUUCACUCAAUGCUAGCGAGUGCCAGCGCGUUCACAUCCGCUACAGGCAACUGGGUCAUCAAGGUGGCUUCUAAUGUUGACGCCUUACAGGAAGGCGGGACAUUCAGGCGCACUUUAUGGAAGCGCAUUCAGGCGGUGGUUGUCCCCAACUUGGCUCAACUGGUUUCAGUCAUCGACACCAGCCACAACCUGGAUGUCUUAAUGGAUGGAGACUGCAGCGAUUCUGUUAAGAGGCUGUGGUUAGAUAUCUUUGGCGAUGAGAAAUUGCUGCAAAUUCCACAGCCAAUGCUUAACUCAAAGAUGACAACGAUUCUUGUACGAAACUACUUGAUCCAAGGCAGGGAUUUGAGCUUAAGCAUGCCUUUCAGCUGGAGGAUCAAGGACUACGUAGAGGAGCUCUGGGUUCAUUCGCUUCAAAAUGAAGGUCACACUCAACAAGGAUUUCAUGAAUUCUUUUCAAUGUCCCCACUGGGGCAACACAUUGCAAAAGCCACCCCGGAGGUUUUUCAGCGUUACCUGCAGGAUUUUGUCGUCUUGACAAUGAAUGUGACCUGUCAGAAAGAAGUACAGCUCCUGUGUGGUGCAUUAAACAGCUGCAUCAACGAACUGCACUCACAGCUCCCUGCCGCAGAUGCAGUUCCGUCGCUUCCAUUGGUCCAUGCUGCAUAUCAUCAGUUCAAGAACCGACUGCAGAACCUCUCUAGAAUGGUCUGCCUUGAACCCCAAGUGACUGACGAUCUCUUGAGUAAUCCUCAUCUCAGCAGUGGAGUUGAGCUGGUUCUUGACUUGUAUGCUGCUCUUGCAUGCCUGGAGUACCUGGAACCCAGACCCCUGGAGACGGUUGCAGAAAAACAAGCCUGGCUCAGACGAGUGAAAAAACUGAAGGUUCCAAUUGAGCUGAUCUGCUCAGAAGACAGUGUGAGACGUUAUCAAGAGAGGAGCAAGACUAUUGUCUACACGGUCCAAAAUGUGUGGAAUCGCAUAUUUUCUGCGUCCUUAUUCGUGGAGCACUUUGAAGCGGUGGAGAACGAAAUGACGCCUUUUCUUCUCCAGUACUUGCGAUUGCUCAGUCAGAUUCUGGCAAAUAAUUCUGACCUGAAAACACAGCACACGUUUGAGGCAGUGAUCGAUUUGCUCAAGAAAUGUAAAAAUGAAGCUGUUCAAAGGAUUUUCGGGUUUGAUUCGCUUCCUUGGUGCUUGCUGUGCCAGGGAGACCCACAUCAUCCAGUCUGUCUGCCAUGCCAGCACAUGUUCUGUGGCUCGUGCAUUAAAAAGUGGUUGAUUCCCUGUCAGAUGUACUGUCCUCACUGUAAGCAGUCAGUCGCUGACGACUUUGCAGUGGUUCCCUCUGAGGACUUAAGGAUUCAAAUUGACCAACACGUGUCGUUCAGGAAUCAGUGCAACUCUUUCUUCAUCGACUUAGUGUCUCUUGUGUGCUUCAAGGACAACUCCCCCCCAUGUGCAGCUGUCAUUCAGCACUUGCUGUCUUUUCUCAUGGUGCAAACCAGCGCUGAUCAACAAAUCCAGACCAAGGUGCUUUCUCCGUUUGAUGACUCGGCGGAUAAAAACCCAGUAGUUCGCUCGGUGGUGCUGAAACUGCUGCUAAAGUACAGUUUUGACGAAGUGAAAGAACACCUUCAGCAACACCUGCUGGCCGUCGAGCGCUGCAACAUUUUAGAGGAGAAGGACAAAAUCAAACUCUACUGUCUGUACGUGAACUGCAUGCAGGAUUCCAUGUUUGAGAGGUUUGAGUUCCGAUCCGAUACGGACAGGCACGUGUGUCUGCGCCACGAAAGUGACUUUCUGAGGGAGUUUCUUCGGUCACACAAUCUGUGUGCUGAAAGGGCUACAGUGGAGAAUCUACAGCAGCUGGCAAGAGUGCGAAUGGACCUGGAUGUGGCAGCUGCCAUCGUUGCCGCUGGCGGGGGUCAGAGUAAAAAUGAUGACUUCCUGGAGGGCGUGAUAAGGUUGUGUACCCGCAGUGGGAACAACUGGUAUCGUGUCUACUUGAUUCGUAAGAUUUGCAGCCAACACGGAGUGGAGUUUGCCAUGAAACUUCUCAAAAUGGAGAACAUGCACUGGCUCUUUCCUGAAGAGGUUCUGCAAAAGAGUGAAGAAGCCACCUCAGUUGAUCAGUAUCUUUUGUGUGGGCGGAGCUACAAGACAAUCAGGGAUGCAUGUGCAAAGGCAAUUGCGGAGGGCCGAAUGGACGAUCUCGACGAGAUUUGUCAGGGCUGCACAAUUUCAGCAAAGAGGGUGAGAGUGUACCUCCUUUUAGCACUGUUUAGAGAAGUUACCACCCUCUACAGAAACACCAAUGCCAGUUUGCACCCAAAGCCAGAGCGUUUCCAACCCCUACUGCAUUUCAUCGAGACUUCCAAGGUGCUUGCCAACCCUCAAGUCAGGGCCUUCGCCGAGGCUCUGGUGACCAACCGACUCGGCCCGCUGGCAGUCAGUCCCGGGAUUUCAGGGGACGAUUACAUGUAUGUGUCGCUGACUGUUCACCUGGCUGCCGUCCUGCUCUGCACGGAUCAGACCAUUGUAGCGCCGCUGCAGCAGCUGGCAAUGACACCUCAUAGCAUGCAGGCUGCCUUCUUGCCAACCAUGCCACAAAACAAGUUGGUAGACGCGAUGCAAGCUCUGCCCGGAAUUAAGUGGUACUACUGUGCAAAUGGUCACCCCUGCACAGUCGGAGAGUGCGGCCGGCCCAUGGAAAUAAUUCACUGCCUUGACUGUGGUGUCCUUAUUGGUGGGAGAUACCACAACCUUGUGGAGAAUUUUAAAGUUGUUGAAGAGCAAGGUGACCGCACCCAGCCAGGCCACAUCCUGGGCGACCCCAGUCGAAGGGACAAUGCGGACAUGCUUGACACCAACCAUCUUUCUCCUGUUUCCUUCACAAUCAUCCGCAUGCUUACUCACAUGGCCAUGCUGGUCGGUGCUUCCGGACGCCUCCAGGCUAUCACUUCUAUCAUCAGGCCCCCGGUCAAAGACCCAGGGCCUUUUCUCCGUGCUCACCUGCAAAAAGAUGUAGAGCAUCUUGUCAAAUGUCUGCGUAAAGGGACAGAUGAUGCAGUGGGUACUGUUCAUCUGCUGCUCAGCAGCCUUCUGGAACCCCAGCAGCAGCAAAACUUAACACAUUACCAGAUGCUUUCCUCCAAGGAGAUGAGAAAUGAUUGGGAGCUCCAAAUGAGCAACUGCAUCAUGGCUAAGCUGAUGCACUUGGACAGACGACUGAAGGAAAUGAAACUGUUCAUCCAAACUGACUCUCACAGCUCCAAUCCCAUCAUGAGGCUGUGUGACAAUCCAGGCUUCUUCUUGGCGUCACUUCCAAUAGAUUCUCCCAUCCACACUUCGGCCUUGUGGAGCUGCAGGGAGAAAGUGUCUCUGCUGCACCUUACCCACGUGGUGGAGCUGAGUGAUGGCAAAGACAAGUUGCCUGUGUUAUGGAGGUUUCUAAACAGGGAAGCAGAGCUGCGACUGGUGAGGCACCUCCCAGACAUCCUCACCCUGCAGAAAGAACUGGUUAAGAAGUUUCAAAACCUCAGGGAAAUGACGUGCAGCACCAUCAUGGGAUUUCUCCACAGCCUGAAAGCAGCUUCAUUAAGAGCCUGGUAUGAGAAACACAUCAGCACCUUCUUGACUACCUGGAAUCAGCUCAGAUCCUCUUUGGCAACCAAAGGUGAGCUCAAGCUGCCUGAUGAGUUCUGUCAGAAGGACCUUGACACCAACAGUGACCUACAGGUGCUGCUUCCUCAGCGACAAGGCUUCGGCCUUUGCUCUACAGCCCUUGUUAGCUACCUCAUCAGCCUGCACAAUGACAUGGUCUACUGUGUGGAUAGACACAUGGGAGAGGAGACCAGAUACAAAGUUAGCCCUGUAGAUUUGACUGACCUGCAUGUGAUCCACUAUGAGCUGGAGAGGGAUGUGAUGCCGAUGGUUCUUUCCAACACCCAGUACAGCAUCGAGAGGGGCCAGGACACCCUUCACGAAUAUGAUUUGCCCAAGAUCCAGAUGCAGGUUGUCUCCCGCUUUCUCCUGAGCAAACCACUUAUUUAUCUGGACGGCAUCCCGACACUCGUGAACAGACAUGAACGCAACUAUCAGACCAUCCUGAAAGACGUCAAAGAAAAAGUCAAACAGGAGACACUUCCGGCUCUGACCGUGUUGGAUCUGGCCAGGGAGCUACACAACUACAGCGAGGCGUGUGAGGCCCUCUCCACUCUGGAAUUGGCCCUGGGUUUCCUUGCCAUGGCUGGGGGAGACCCUCACAUGCAGCUGUCCUCGUACCUGGAGGAUGUGCUGCAGAUGGGAAACCAGAUUUCUGAGCAUAUCCUCAAGGUGCUGAGGCAGUGCUCUUUAAAGCAUUGUGUUGCACUGUGGCAGCUGUUGACCUCUCACAAAUCAGAAACUAUGCUGAUGCUGAAGAAGGAUGCUUUCAGAGGAGUCUGUCAGGAGUACCAGCAGGCCCUGGGUGAGAAUGAGCGCCAACUGCUGACUGCUUUCUGUUACGAGAGCAGCACUGACACUUUCCUGCUGGAGAUGCACGAAUUCCUAAUCCUGGAGUUUAAGAAUCCCAAAGCACCGGCUACCUACAGGCCAUCUUGGACGCUGAAGGCCUCACUGGAGGCUUACAUGGAGCGCAAGGACCUGGGCUUUCCCCCUGACCUGGAGAAGCACUUCCCGGACGAGAUCUGCCUUUGUCACUCUGUCGAAACCUGGAAGUUCAUCAAUGCCAUCAAGCAAGAGCGCAGGCGAUAAGAAGAGGGGGUGGCAUUCUUUUCAAGGUUUCAUCAUGUUUACAUUCAUUACGGGCCAAACAAGUUGAAGUGCGAUGGAUGGCUAACAGACAUCUAGACAUGUCACAUAACAUUUUCUCUUCUUUUCAUGUGUUCAUGUGUACAUUAGUCUGUCUUCUCUUUCAUUGUACUCCACAAUAGUUGAUUCCACCAAUUACCUGAUACUGCAUGUACUCAGUGAUUCCUUCGUUUGUUAAAGAUGCACAUGUUGCCUUACUGUCAUUUCACCUUCAUUGUAAUGUGCUGUACAACACACCUCUUAAACCUCAUUUACCAGGUUUGUAACUUGACUUUUGUCUUCUUGUGAAUGCAAUCAUCAAACACUCCUGUGUGUGUGUGUGUGUGUGUGUGUGUGUGUGUGUCUCCUUUAUUUGGUGCUGGGCAGAUAAAGUGUGAAAUAAGGAAAGGAUUGUGGUAUGAAAUGAGCAGCCUUACUUCUCCCGAAGGCUACUGCAUCUACAGGGUGGUCUGGGAAAUUGGUUUCUUUAAAUUAACCCUGUUAUUGCAUUAUUAACAAAUGAGUCUGUUUGAAUCACUGUCAUCUGAAAUGUGUGCACCAUGUAUAUACUGUAUAUAUCCACCCGAUACCAAGUAAAUACAGAGCCAGUAUCGCUGAUGCCCAUACUGAUACUUUUAAGUUGAGAACUUUCCAAGGUCACAUUAUUACAGCAAUAUAAGACAAUGUAACAACAUAAUGCAACUAUUCCCAUAUUUCCUUUUAUCACAUAGAAUUGUCUGAGCAAGUCAGUGGUGUAAAGUAACUAAACUAAGUAUUUGAGUAUUUGUAAAGCACGUGCUA